AUGGCACCUCCAGCACCCAAGCCUCAAAUCCCUACUACCUUCAACGGGCCCAUACAAGUCAUUGGUGCUGGCCUUCCUCGCUGCGCAACGACCACCUUGAAAGAAAUGCUCGAAAAUAAAACCCUCCUCAAUGUCGGACCAACCAUGCACAUGAACCGCUGCCUUUCUUCACCCGCGAACAUGCGCCUCCUCUACGACGCCCUCCGCGAAAAAGACGCCCAAAGGCGCCAGGCCAUCCUGUUCAAAUUAUUCGCCGGGUGCGCCGCCACAGCAGAUUUCCCCGGCCAUCUUUUCAUUGAAGACCUGAUAGAGAUGUACCCCGAUGCCAAAGUGGUGCUAAACAUCCGCAAGGGUGGCGCUGACGACUGGGAAGCCAGCAUGAAAUCCACCAUCGCCCCCUUCAUGAGCUGGAAAUACCGAGUCGCUUGCUUCUGGAGCAUUCCCGAUUACUGGCACUACCAAUGCGAGAUUGAAUGGCAACGGUUCUGCAAGGAGAAGUUUGGCGCCGCCAACUUCUGGAGUAAAGAGGUGUACGACAAGCACAAUGCGUGGGUGGUGAAGCUAUGUCAGGAAAAAGGCAAGGAUGUCUUGCUUUGGGAACCGGGCAUGGGCUGGGUGGCGCUGUGUGAGUUCUUGGGCAAGAGGGAGCCAGAGGCCGGCGUUCCGAGAACAAACGACCGAGGCAAGAUGGAGCAGGUUGUCAACUGGAGGAUCAGCUUGGGGCUGAAGCUGUGGAUGAGCAAGAUUUGUGUGCCAGUUGCCAUCUCUGCUCUCGGCGGGUAUGGAGUGGUGAGGGCGAUGCAUCUGUGA